AUGGACCUUGAAAACUGUAACUGUCUAGGCUCAAGAAACAACUGCAUUUGGUCAAGUUAUGAGAGAAUUGGCUCUGAUCCUAUUGCAUGUGUCAAUGAAUUUAUGAGUAAAAUCAAGAUUGCAAGGUUGAAAACACUGUGGAAGAAGAUCAAGAGAGAAAACAAGAGGAGAAUGUUUAGAUCAUCUUCACCUGUCUUUCUAUAUGAUACUAGCUCCUACUUACAAAAUUUUGAUGAUGGUUGUUCCAAUGAUGAUGAUUUUUCAAGGUCAUUUUCAGCUCGAUAUGCAAUGCCAUCUUCCAAAAAAUUUAAUAAGAUUAUUGGGAUGAUAGAUGAUGAUGAAAUAGUGGAGACAAACAAGCUAGCAACAUGUUGCUUGAACUCCUUAAUCUGA